AUGGAAGUCCCAAAAAGUAUCCUGGACCAGGUGCUACCCCAAGCCGCAGCCAUUUGGGCCGACAUCGUAUCCAAGUACUCACCCCAGAAAAUCGAAUUCGUGGGCACACUUCUCCUCCAAUUCCUCACCUUCUGGCUCCCAUCAAUUUGCUAUACCCUCCUGGACGUGGUCGCGCCCACUUUCUCCCAGCGCCAUAAAAUCCAACCCGCACCCAAACAACCCACCCGUCGCGAGAUCGCCCGCUGCUUUUUCGUCGUCCUCCAGAACCAACUCCUAGCAUCUAUCAUCCAUCUGACAUUACUAUCCGCAGCCAGCAAAGCUGGCCUUAAAUCAACAUAUCGCAUCGAGACUUCCCUCCCAGCCCCAGUCGAGAUCCUCCGCGACGUCAUUCUCAGCAUGUUGAUGCGCGAAGCUCUAUUCUACUACAGUCAUCGACUUCUACAUAUACCCUCCCUCUACGUCCGGAUCCAUAAAAAGCAUCAUCGAUUCACGGCUCCUAUUGCGUUGGCUGCGCAGUUUGCUCAUCCGAUUGAGCAUAUUUUCGCUAAUACGUUGCCUAUUUCUCUGCCACCGCAGUUGCUGGGGAGUCAUGUUGUGACUUUUUGGGUGUUUUUGGCUUAUGAGUUGGUUAAUACGGCGACUGUUCAUAGUGGGUAUGAUUUCUUUUGUCAGAAGGCGAAGAUGCAUGACCUUCAUCAUGAGAAGUUUAAUUUGAAUUAUGGAUCGUUGGGGUUGUUGGAUUGGGUGCAUGGGACGGAUAAAUUGAAGAAACGGCGUGCUGAAUAG